AUGAAAUAUCUCAUUUCGUUGAGUUUCUCAGUCUUCUUGCAGAAUGCAAAUGCAACUACAGUGUAUCCACAGCGAAAGAUCAAAGUUACGACAAUACCGGGAGAUGGUGUUGGCCCGGAACUUGUUUAUGCUGUAGAGGAAGUUACACGUAACACAGGAAUACCGCUAGAGUUUGAAGAAGUUUUCUUGAGGUUUCUCCUUAUUUUGCCUUCUUGUACUUCAAUUUUUGGUGAUAUUUUGAGUUUUUAUGCUCCUGUAUGCCUACAUGCUCACAGAUUCAUACACGUAACUCCACCUAGUCGUUAUUUCAUCUUCCCAUCUCAUUCGCGGCUUUCCCAGUUAUAAAU